AUACCCACUGGUCGACAACGGGUUAAGUGUUCUCUGUCCAUGAAUAGCAAAACAAUUCAACUAAAUUUCCUUCGAAGAUUUGUUGAUCAAAAUGAGACCACAACGUCAAUGCAUUGUCGUGAAUAGGCGCUCCGCGAUAGCGCUCAUCGUUAUAUUCGUGCUAAACGGCAUCAAGAACAGCGAGACGGCCAGCGGUGGCAACCAAAUGGAUCUAUCCGAUGCAAAGGGCGAUCACAAGGACAACAGCAACGCCAGCAAUAAUAAUAACAACGACAACGAAGUAUUUAUGCCCGCCCUGGGCAAUAUGGUAUCCAAGACAUCAUCAUCAUCAUCAUCCUCCAGUGGAUCCAUCGAUAACAUAACCACCUACACCAGCAGCAGCAGCAACAACAACAUGCUGUGUCCAUUCGAUAGAGAGACGCCCUGCGACCGACUGCAGUUCCCCUGCAUCCGAUGCAGCUACAACUAUGGCUGCUUCUAUGGACGCGAGGUGAACGUCACCUGCGAGGCCAUCACCAACGUGCAGUGCCAGGGCGAGCGCAGCUUUCAGCGCCAGAUGAGCUGCCGCUACUGCUACCAGACGGAGCUCUGGCAGCAGAGCUGCCUGCAGCGUGCCAAUUGCAAUAAAUUCUAUCGCACCAAUUGCACCGUCCACCAGGAUGUGCUCUGUCUGGGCAAUCGUUCGUUUACACGCAAUCUAAAAUGCAACUGGACGCAGGGCUAUCGCUGGAGCACAGCGCUCCUGAUAAGCCUCACCCUGGGCGGAUUUGGGGCCGAUCGCUUCUAUUUGGGCCACUGGCAGGAGGGCAUUGGCAAGCUGUUCAGCUUCGGAGGCCUCGGCGUUUGGACCAUCAUCGAUGUUCUGCUCAUAUCGAUGCACUAUUUGGGCCCAGCCGAUGGCUCGCUCUACAUUUAAGAGAUGUACAUAUACAUAUGUGGGAUCUAAUCUAUAGCUUUAAGAACGACUGUCUGUUUGUUAGCCAAAUGCAUAGAAUAUAAGCAACAAA